UCAGGCGGCUCUCGUGGAGGCAGCUAGCGCGAGGCUGGGGAGCACCGAGCCGCGCGUCGUGCCCUGCGCUGCCCGGACUCGCGAACAAUACAGUUAAGAUGGCUAAAGGGGAUCCGAAGAAGCCCAAGGGGAAGAUGUCUGCUUAUGCCUUCUUUGUGCAGACGUGCAGAGAAGAGCAUAAGAAGAAAAACCCCGAAGUGCCGGUCAAUUUUGCCGAAUUCUCCAAGAAGUGCUCCGAGAGGUGGAAGACCAUGUCUGGGAAGGAGAAGUCGAAAUUCGACGAGAUGGCAAAGGCCGACAAAGUGCGCUAUGACCGGGAAAUGAAGGAUUACGGGCCGGCGAAGGGCGGCAAGAAGAAGAAGGAUCCGAAUGCCCCCAAAAGACCACCGUCGGGAUUCUUCCUGUUCUGUGCCGAAUUUCGCCCCAAGAUCAAAUCCACAAACCCGGGCAUCUCCAUUGGGGACGUGGCGAAAAAGCUGGGCGAGAUGUGGAACAAUCUGAGCGACAGCGAAAAGCAGCCCUACAACACCAAGGCGGCGAAGCUGAAGGAGAAGUACGAGAAGGACGUCGCCGACUAUAAGUCGAAAGGGAAGUUUGAUGGCGCGAAGGGGCCUGCCAAAGUUGCCAGGAAAAAGGUGGAAGAAGAGGAGGAGGAGGAGGAGGAGGAGGAAGAGGAGGAGGAGGAGGAAGAGGAGGACGAAUAAACGGUUGCUCCGGCUCUUCGAGAGCCCCUUAGAGUAGGGAGCACCGCAUCAACACCCCUGCGCUGAGCCCGUCCGUUGCCCUCAUUAGGUUUAAUCUCACUCAUGAUCCCAUCUAGUCUCCAAGUGCUCUAGGAUUUGUCAGUGGUUUCCACGCCGCGGCCAUGGGCGUCCGGGGUAUACCCUGAAACUGUAUCAAAGCUGUACAUACCCUCCCAGCAUUUUGAAGAAGGAAAGGCUCGCUCGUGUUCUCACUCUGUGCACUUUGCUAUUGGUGUGACAAGGCAUUUCAAACUGUCCUUCGGCAUUUUCUGUUUUCACUCGUUAAGGUGGUGUUUAACUGUGGUUAUGGGCUAGAAAUUCCUGAGUUCUUACUUGUAUAUAUCUCUAGUUUGUAAAAAGAAAGAAGGAAAGCGAGACGACAGGAGACAAACUUGCUGCUGGCGGCUCGGCGUGGAGCAGCGGCGCGGGGCUGUGCGCCGGGCAGGUGGCCAGGUGGACGGCAGUGGGGCUGCAGCCCGUCUGCUGGUGUAUAUAGUGCUAGAGGGUUCUGCUGCCAUUCUUAGCUGUGGAAAGGGCAAGGGGUCAGCCGGCAUGAGAAAGUGUGUGGAGUUUCUUGGGUUCUGUGGGGUAGUACAACUUGGUUCGACUGUAGAGCUCUCAUGGACAGCACAGCCAAGAGCCAGUGUACCAAUGAAAGUUCGAAACCUGUACUAAACGAUUUACAACCUUCUGUUAUUUUUUGUGUAUGUUUAGAAUGCUGAGAUGUUUUUGAAGUUAAAUAAACAGUAUUAAGUUUUUCAA